GGUCCCAGCCCCGGCCCUUGUCCCGCUGCCCGGCGCACACGAGGCGGCGGCUGCCGGGACCGGCGGGUCGGGACCCGGGGAGAGGGCAGGAACCAUCCCCGGGCAUGGAGCUGCCGGCCCCGCCCGCCUGAACGGAGCCGGGAGGGGGAGGGAACCGGCACCGAACCCCCGGUACCGAGCCCAGGGCUCGGCACGGCCCGGGUGAUGGCAAACCUAACAACUCCUCCAGCCUGGACCAGAGUCAUCAACAGCUCCUUGGACCCGGAUCAUGCAGGAAACAAUGCCUACAAGUGCAUGUUUGAUGAGGACUUCAAGUAUGUCCUUCUGCCCGUCUCCUACGGCAUCGUGUGCGUGGUGGGGCUCUUUCUCAACCUUCUGGCCCUUUUUGCCUUCAUCUUCAGGAUCAAGACCUGGAACGCCUCCACCACGUACAUGUUCAACCUGGCUGUGUCCGACACACUCUACGUGGUCUCCCUGCCCCUCCUGGUGUAUUAUUAUGCCAUGGGGGACAACUGGCCCUUCAGCGUGGGCUUGUGCAAGAUCGUCCGCUUCUUGUUUUACACCAACCUCUACUGCAGCAUCCUCUUCCUCCUCUGCAUCAGCAUCCAUCGCUUCCUGGGGAUCUGCUUCCCCCUGAAGUCCCUGCAGUGGGGACACGUUCGCUACGCCCGGAGGGUCUCGGUCAUCGUGUGGGUGGUGACUGUUGCCUGCCAGUCACCCGUGCUCUUCUUCGUCACCACCAGCGUCAAGCGUGACACCGUCACCUGCCACGACACCUCCAGCAAGGACCUCUUUGGCCAGUUUGUCAUUUACAGUUCGGUGAUGCUGGUGCUGCUCUUCUGCAUCCCUUUCCUCAUCAUCAUCGUCUGCUACUGCCUGAUGGCCCGGAGGCUGCUGCAGCCCACCAGGGGCAUCUCCCGGCUGUCCCGAUCCAAAAAGAAGUCGGUGAAGAUGAUAAUCAUUGUCUUGGUGGUCUUCAUCGUUUGUUUCCUUCCUUUCCAUGUCACUCGUACCUUGUACUACUCCUUCCGGAGCUGGGACCUGAGCUGUCAGACCCUCAAUGCCAUCAAUUUAGCCUACAAGGUGACUCGUCCCCUGGCCAGCACCAACAGCUGCUUGGAUCCCAUUUUGUAUUUCUUAGCAGGACAACGAUUUAUGAGGUUUGCAGGCAACAAAGUGCCCUGGAAGCCUCAAAACGAGAUGGCUCUGGGCAUCGUGCCCAACAAUCACCUGGGAACCAGCAACGAUAGCGACACCUUAUCCAAGGAUGUGAAAUCCUAGCUCUGCUCCGUGACAGAAAGGGUUAAUCCCAGGUGUGGGGGGGGGAGGUCAGGAUGCUCCAGGCCCUGAGGCUUUUUGGUGGUUGUGGUUCCUUGACCUGCACGUGUUCAAACAGACAUUUUUUCAGGAAGAUGCUGUUGUGGUUAUACACACAAACCCCAUAGCUCUGCCUCUUCAUCCAAGCCUUCUUCUCCAUCCAACCCUGAGUGGCAUCUCUCCACCAGUGAGGCUGGGUGACCUCUAUCGUGGUGGCCAAAUCUGCUAAAAAAAAUAUAUAUAUAUAUAUAAAUAAAGCACCCCCUGAAUGUCUUAGAUCAUUUCCUAAAGCAGAAUGUUGUGUGCAAAAGGUCUCCCGAAAUAGAUCCAUCUGCCCUUCUCCAGAUUCCCUGGCAUGGAGGUAGCAGGAGGUUCUCUGUGCCUUGGCAGGGGAGGAAAGGCUUUUGGUCAGUGAGGAGAGUCAGCUGUGGUUCUGCUGAACAGGUCAAAGAAAAUGUCAAGUGCAAAUACCACCUACAGCAGGAAAUGAUCUCCCACAGCCCCACGGAGAACGACCUUGGAGUCCCGGUAGACAAGAAGUUCUUCAUGGGACAACAAUGUGCCCUUGUGGCCAGGAAGGCCAAUGGUGUCUUGGGGUGCACCAGGAGGAGUGUGUCCAGCAGAUCGAGAGAGGUUCUUCUCCCCCUCUACUCGGCCCUGGUGAGACCUCACUUGGAGUGUUGUGUCCAGUUCUGGGCUCCCCAGUUCCAGAGGGACAGGGAUAAACUAGAGAGAGUCCAACAGAGGCUACAAGGAUGAUGAAGGGACUGGAACAUCUGUCUGAUCAGGAAAGGCUGAGAGACCUGGGGCUGUUCAGUCUGGAGAGGAGAAGACUGAGGGGGGAUCUAAUUCAUGUCUAUCAAUACAUGAGGGCAUCAAGAAGGCAGGGACAAGCUCUUGUCACCUGUGCCCUGUGACAGGACAAGGGGCAAUGGACACAAACUCGAGCACAAGAAGUUCCACCUCAACAUGAGGAAGAACUUCUUUCCUGUGAGGGUGACAGAGCCCUGGGACAGGCUGCCCAGAAAGGCUGUGGAGUCUCCUUCUCUGGAGACUUUCAAAACCCAUCUGGAUGCCUUUCUGAGUGAUCUGCCCUAGUUGGUUGGGUUUUUUUGGUCCUGAUCUGGCAGGGGGGUUGGACUCAGUGAUCUUCAGAGGUCCCUUCCAACCCCUGACAUUCUGUGAUUCUGUAUCCCUGAAGAAAUGCUCUCCCAGCUUCAAGCCAUGGCUUCUGCUGGCAAAGCCAGGAGAAGACUCCCAGCUCCUGUCCAAGGGCUGGCUUCCCCUUAAAAAGGGUGCUGGUGGACCUCCCAUCCCACUGGACUUUACUGCUUUCUUAUAGGCAUCUUCAGUGUUGUCAGCAUCUUCCAAAAGACCUGUUGGUGCCUCCCAACAGCAACAUUCAUCCUUCAAAAGCUUUUAGGAACCCAUAGGUUUCUUUCAGCUGCUGACUUCAAUAGUCAUCCCCAGCUCAUUUAAAAUCUGGGUGAGCUCUUCAUGUCUCCUUUCUAACCCCCUUACUAGUGACUCGUUUUUGCAGCACAGGAGGGAAGACCAUUGCUCAUCCCCUUGGCUGAGUGCUGCCACAUCUUCAUUGCUGCUCAGAGGUGGCAGCUCUCUGGGACCUUCAUCAGCUUGUUGUGACCUGAAAUCAUAGAAUGCCAGGUUGAAAGGGACCUCAAGGAUCAUCUGAUCCAACCUUUCUAGGUAGGAAUGCUGGAUGAGAUGGCCUUGUCAAGGUGAGGCUUAAAAGUCUCUAGUGUUGGGGAAGAUGCUGCCCAGCUGUUGCUGUCUGGUCUCCUCAUAAUCCCAGUAAUCCCAGUGUUGCACUGAAGCUGGUCAGCAUAUCUCUUCCUGACAAUGUGGACCUUCCCUGGGAACUCUGGCAGCCCUGGGUUUAGGGAUAAACAUGGAGCUAAACUUAACCUCAGGCUUGUCUGGACUUGCAGCCCUCAUCAGCCAGGACAGUUCAAAGAAAAACUGGAGAAAACAUCCACAAAAUGCUUCACCAGAAGGUCAGCUUGGUCUUUCUCUCUGUAAUUGUUGGGUUAGAGAGCCAAGAGCCCAUGUCCAUGGUUUCCUUGCCCAGCUUUGCCACGAGGAUGCUGAUUCCUCACCCCCAAAAAAUGACAACUGCUUGUGCUGCAGCACUGGAGAAGCCACAUUUUGUAAAAGCAGCCCUGGCUCUAUUCUGGGAGGAGGGAAACACAUUUCAUCUUGGCUUAGACCAGUUCCUCAGACCUCUUCUUAGUUUCUUCCAUCCCCCCUUAUGAAGUGGCUCAGUGGAGAUAAAGACACACCACGAUGUAACGGGCCAAGUUCAGCUGAGGGCAACCAGGACCAUUCAGGGUCAACUGGGAGGUUCCUGUGGUCCCAGCUUGGUGGAACCAUAGCCCCGUGGAGGCCUUUUGUCCCAGCCAGUGAUGUCACCCCCCACAGGAGACAAAGGAUGGGACUGUCUCAGCUCUGAGCACCGUCAGCAAAGAAAAAGAGGACGUUUGUAGGGUGGUUCAUCUCAUCCUUGAGUGAACUUGUGGGGUGGGGUUGGGUGAAGACAGGACUUGCAUCAUGCCAGCACCUUAUUUUCCUGGUGCCUGUGGAGGGAGCUGGGCUUUAUGGGGAGGUCACAGCACAGUCACCAGGGCAAGACAACUAAGUGGGAGAAAUGAAUUCAGCCUGAACUGGUACAAACGUUACUCCAGGCCAGGUCUUGCCUGCUCUCCUGCACCUGCCAAAAAAAGCAACACCAAGUUACGUGCUCUGAAUAAUUCAACAAAAACCUGCUCGGUGUUCCCUCCUGCUCAGUGAUCCCACCUUUCUCCCAGCUGCCUUCAAACCACUGCCUUGGGCAACACUGCCAGGCCCAUCGAGGAGGUCCCUCCAUGGUCCAGGUCCCACACAAGCCAUUGUCACUGUUCAGCUGGAGAGAGGUUGGAGAGGCACCAACUGGAAGUUUAUAAAUAGAAAUGUUUUGUUUGUUUGUUUGUAAAAGCACUAACUUAUACUAAGGAGAAGAGUGAGUUUUGUGACGACUCCACAUUUUUAUUUUUGUAACAUUCAGAAACCUCAGAUUUCUUAUAGUAAAUAAAUGGAUUCCUACUCUGA